GGAGUACACGCGAUCGCGGCUAACCUCAAAAUUCUUGCUAACCUCCAAUUUUACGUUUCCACCUUGAUCCUGCGACAAUGAAGUCGCCAGUAGAUCGCCAGUCUUUCGUUAAGAAUGUAAUUUCAACGACUUCAACUGAACCAUCCGAUCCCAAUCUCCUCAUUAGGAACAUGCUAAUAUUGACUGCCUCUCAUCACCGAAAAAUUUAUUCAAUUACGUGAAAGAAUCACGAUAACGAAAAUGGAUGAAAUGAUGAUACGAGUGUUAUACGGAAGCGAAACCGGAACCGCUCAAGACGUUGCCGAACAAAUCUGGAAAAGCGCCAAAAGGAAAGAAUUGCGAAGCACAGUAUCAUCUUUGAAUGACUAUGACAUUCAAAAUCUCCCUUCCGAACAACUGAUUAUUUUCGUUGUCGCAACGACUGGACAAGGAGACCCUCCAGCCAAUAUGAAACAAUUCUGGAGACAUCUGUUACGCAAGACUCUCCCAGCAACUGUGUUCCAAAAUCUGAAAUAUGGUGUACUUGGAUUGGGCGAUAGUUCUUAUUCAAAAUUCAAUUUUGCUGCGAAGAAAUUAAAUAAACGUCUUGUGCAAUUAGGUGGCGAAGAAUUAUUACCUAUUGGACUUGCCGAUGAUCAGCAUAAUCUGGGAAUUGAUGCUGUGGUCGUUCCUUGGAUCAAAAAAUUGUGGAAAGAAAUUGCAAAUGUUUUUAAAAUUUCUAUAGAGGACAAAAUAAACAAAGAAGAUUUGAUAAUUGAGAGAUAUAAUAUUUCAAUAAUAGAAAUGAAUCAAUCAAAUCCGAUACGUAUUGACGAACAGUUAUUAGAUAUUCCAUAUCAUUUAAAUACUGAUAUCUACGCACAAGAAACAUUCAUCAAUAGUGACGUCAGAAUAGGAACAAUAGUUGAAAAUAUAAGAACUACUUCCCAAGAUCACUUUCAAGAUGUUAGAUUAAUAACAAUCGAAGCGAAUAAUAUUAAUUACGAUCCUGGAGAUGUUAUCUACAUUAGACCGAAGAAUACGGCAGAACAAGUAAAACGGUUUUUUGAUAUACUACAUGAACACGAUAUAAAACUGUUUCCAGAUACAAUAAUUCAAGUAUCGGAAAAGGAGAUAAAGGUUCCAUUUAUUUUAAAACGAAAUUUAACUUUAGGAGAGAUUGUUGAACAAUAUUGGGAUCUGAAUUUCAAGCCACGAAGAUCUACCAUGCAUACUUUAUCUCUUAUCAGCGAAAAUGAAUUAGAGAAAGAAAAACUAUGUGAAUUUGCCAGUCCAAUUGGCCAAGAAGAGCUUUAUGAUUAUAUAAACAGGCCAAGAAGAAAUGUUUUGGAGGUCCUCACAGAUUUCCCUUACACAACCAGUAAAUUAAACAUUACAUUAUUGUUUGAAAUCAUGUCACCCAUAAAGCCACGUCCUUAUAGCAUUGCCUCCAGUUUAGAAGAUAUUCCAAAUAGAAUACAAGUUCUAGUAGCAGUAGUUAAAUUUAAGACUGCAUUAGUAGAACCGAGAUUUGGGUUAUGUUCAAAGUGGUUGGCAAGUUUAAAUAAUAAUAACAAAGUGAUAUUUUGGCUGCAGAAAGGCACUUUUCGGUUUGAUAAUAAUAAGCCGAUGAUUUUGAUUGGUCCUGGAACUGGAGUGGCUCCAUUUAGAUCUUUGCUUUUAGAGAAGAUAAAAAAAGGAAAAGAUUUAAAAGAAUGUAUCCUGUUUUUUGGAUGUAGAAAUGAGAGUAAGGAUUAUCAUUGCAGAGAAGAUUUUGAACGUUUAUCAAAAAAAAAUAAUCUGAAAGUAUUCUGCGCAUUUUCCAGAGAUCAGCAUCAUAAAAUAUAUGUCCAACAUCUUAUCCACCAACAAAGAGAGCUGUGCUGAAAGUUUUUAGAAAAUAAUGGUAGUAUUUAUUUAGCAGGAACAGAACCAGUACGUCUUUCACCAGGAUGGGAAGGCACAGGUAGACCUGACGACGAAUUGAAUUUUAAAGGUGUUACAAUGGAUCAAGCAGAUCUCGAAUUAAAUCCUCCUAGAGAUAGAUUAAAUUUAGUAUUUUUCAUAUUGAUACUUCAUGGAAUCGGUGCCUUGAUGCCAUGGAAUAUGUUUAUAACAGCUAAAGAUUAUUUUGUUAGUUACAAAUUGUCGAAAGAAUACACUGGUGUAGAUACAAACUAUGCGAUGAAUUUUCUCGCAUAUCUGUCAUUUGCAUCACAAGUACCAAAUUUAUUAUUCAAUUGGCUGAAUAUAUUUUUACAAUUUGGGUAUGUAUACAAAAUAUAUUUUUCGUCAAAAAUAUUUUAUGUUUCCUUAACUUAUAUGUCGUCAUUAUUAAUUCCUAUUUGAAUUAUAUAUACAUUGAUAAUUUAUGUUUUAGCUGCCAAUGGCAUUUAUCAGAACUCAGUAUUUGGAAUGGCAGCUAAAUUACCUAUCAGGUACACAGGUGCUGUUGUCUUAGGCUCGAAUAUCUGUGGAACUUUUACAGCCAUAAUAAACUUCCUAGCUCAAAUAAUAGCGCCGAAUGCGCGCACUGCCGCAAUAUAUUACUUCAUCACGGCUUUAUUUAUUCUCCUGGCCUGCUUUGACACGUACUUUGCACUUCCAAUUAAUAGAUUUUAUCGAUAUCACGAGCUUCUUCAUCAAAAAGAGACGAACAAAAGACAAUUAGAGAACAAUUCAAGAGGAAAACAUAAACCAGCUUAUUGGAAAGUGUUCAAAGCAUGCUUUCCACAAUGUUUCAACAUAUUUUUUAUCUUCUUUGUCACUUUAGCGCUUUUCCCAUCUGUCCAAUCUGAUAUACAGUCUUCAGACAAGAAUUUUGUGAUUUCCUCUGAAUAUUAUAGCAGUGUUAUGUGUUUUUUAACAUUCAAUAUCACUGCCAUGCUAGGAAGUUUAAUCGCAUCGUUGGUUCAGUGGCCAAGCAGAAAGUAUCUGGUGAUUCCAGUGAUUCUACGAGUUAUCUACAUACCAUUGUUUUUGAUUUGCAACUAUCAGCCGAUGGGCACAGAAAGAAUAUUGCCGGUACUUAUUAAGAACGAUUGGGUAUUCUGGGUUAUUGCCAUUACUAUGGGUCUUAGUAGCGGCUAUCUGUCGUCAUUGUCGAUGAUGUAUUGCCCUAGAAUGGUGGAUUCGCAGUACGCUUCGACGGCCGGCAUGUUUGGAGCGGCAUCUUUGAUGACGGGGAUUUUUACUGGAAUUCUGUUUUCCAUGGUGAUGCCUUCUAUCGUAGCCAACAUAACAUUUUGAUCGUUUUAAAGAUAAGAUUUAGCAAUAUGCUUAUAUUAACUCAGGAGCUAAAAAAAAUAUUGAAAAUUAAGAGUGCAGUUUAUCUCCCACACACACACAUAAUUA